UUCCCGAAUAACGGAUGCAAUGGUUGCGACUCACUUAACACAGGGAUGUUUGUUUGAUUAAAAAAUAUCUGGUAUUGUAUUUAUUGUUUAAAUUAAAUUGUUAUGGAAUUGAAGCAGGACUGACGCGCUGUUCUAGUGAAUCAGACACCUGCUGAGAGGAGAAGGACCUACACAUCCCUGAUCUCUUAGUGCUGUUGAUUUACAGGAUUCUCCUCUUCUGCAAAUGACAUUAUAAAUGUACACAAAUAUGGAAGCUAAGAGGGAUAAAGAUCACGAAACAGAAUGUGCAAAGAUCAUCCCUGGACUGCUGAAGUCUCGAACUGGAGAAUUUGAUUUAGAGUCCAUUUUAUUUCUUAAACUGAGAAAUCUAGGAAUUUAUGAUCUUGGAUGCAUUGGCGAAUGUAUAAACCUGGAGAGACUGGACCUCUCUGGCAACAAUAUCACAAAUCUAGCACCUUUGGCAUCACUCCGAAUUCUUCUUGUACUUAACCUGUCAGCCAACAGGAUUUCUAACCUGGAGGCGCUUGCUAGCUGUGAAAGCCUUCAGAGCUUAAAUUUGGCUGGCAAUCUUAUAACCAGCAUGGAUAGCCUUCAUGCUCUAAAGACUUUAAGAAAAUUAGAAAGCAUCAGACUGAAGGAUAACACCCACAAUUUUACUAAUCCAGUAUGCAAGAACUCCUCAUAUAGAAAUAUUGUCCUUGAAAUGUUUCCAAAUAUCAAAGUACUUGAUGGGGAACGGGUGGUUGGACGUGGAAGUGAUCUGUAUCAACUAUGCAAAGACAUUGAUGACACAAUAAAAGCAGGCAUGUAUAAAAAUGGUCAGCUUCCAGAAAUGCCAGACUGUAAACCUUGGGUUGAUGAAGGGUUUUGGGAAAUUAAGAGGUCAAAUAAUGCCAUUGUGGAAGAAGCCUAUAAACAAUUUAAUGAUGUAAUUCAUGAAUGCAGGCUACUGAACAGAAGAGCAGCUCAUGCAAUCUCACAAACUGAGAGGACCCUUGGCCUUAAGAACCCACCAAAGCAGUAUUCUGUUUAAAACUUAGCCAUGAUUUAUAUAUAUAUAUAUAAUUAAUUAUUAUAUUACAUAUUUUUUUUACGUUUAUUAACACACUUGUGUGUUAAAACAGAGCUGUUAUUAUUUGUUUUAAAUUGCUCAUUACAUCAGUGCCAAAACAUUGAAUAUUUGAUGCCUAUAGGUUGAGAGUUUAGUUACUGUAAAUGCUCUGCUAAACUCAUUCUUCUUAUAAAAGACAUUACAUAUAGAGACUAAGAACUAUUCUGAAAGUCUCUUUAGGAUGUCUAAGAUUAGUCUAAUUUUGAACUGUCACACAAACUGCAUUUGCUUUGAACGCUGCUGCUAUUUGGACAAAUUUGUGAAGCGGUUAUGCUUGUUCGUUUGAGAACAUGUUUUUGACUUUUUUAUAUUUUGUUUAAUAUAAUUUAUAUUGAUUGUGUUAUGUGUUUGCACUAUGUGUGUGUGUUUUUACACUUUGCCUAUACAUUUUUAUAAUUUCCUGACCGGCCCAUGCUUUGUAAUGCUUUUAAAUGAAUGCAUUAUUUUGAUGUUGUAUUUUUUGCAUUGUGCAAACUUUUUCUUCUUUUUACGUCUUAAUAAAUUACACAGUUUUACAUGA